CACCACUACUGUUUCUUCAAAAGUCUAAAGACUUUUUCUCACCUUAUGAAUUCUUCUCUUUAUAUAUUUUUGAAAACCCCUUCUCCUUUUCUUCCAUGAUGACAAGGUUUCUCCAAUAAAAAUUCAUUCUUUACCUUCAAAUUGCUGGAUAGUAGCAGCACUGUCAUCAGUUAUUAAGAGCUUUUGAGUUUUGAAUUUUGUCACUUGUCAGCUCCAAACAGGUAGAAGUUGAAUAUUUUUGUUAAUUUCGACAGUAUUGCAGAAUUGUCAACACAACAUGGCUGAGUUUGGGACAGAUGAAGUGCCAAUGUUGCCAGAUACUAAUCCAAAACAAUCAAAUGAACACGAUGAUUCAAAAUUCAAAACUCGUGUUUCUAGAACACGAAGUGUAUCGAUUUCCAUUCCCAUGAUUCCUAUUGAUCCAUACGAAACAGAAACUAAUCUUAAGAGACACACCGGUCCUCUGAGGAAUAAAAGGAAAACACAAUAUAAUCCAAUGAGUUGUCCAUUAUAUGUUACUGAUAAAUCUGGAAAUCUUUUUCGGAAAAAUAUAAUCGCGCCAAUGAGCAACGAUGUGGAAAGUAAGACAGAAAAGUUUCCUUUAGGUGCCACGAACGAACACGAUUUGCAGAAUAACUAUGCUAAUAAAAAUGAACAUUUAGUAAGAUCUGGUCAGUUGGGAAUGUGUAAUGAUCCAUACUGUACAACCUGUCCGGCUUACUUCAAGGCUACUCAACAAAGGGAUUCGAAAAACUCGCGUUUGUUCAAUCCUAAGUUUCAGAAUGUUCUCUAUGGAGAUGCCAAGGAUUGGGCAAGAAGAAUUUUUGAUUUCUUGAUUCCAAAUGUACCUAGAGUUAUGAAUCCACAUAAUAAACUUGUACAACAAUGGAAUAAGUUUUUUGCAAUUUGUUGUUUGGUGGCGAUUUUCGUCGAUCCAUUAUUUUUCUUCUUGCUCUAUGUGAAUAAGGUACAAAAAUGUAUUGUUAUUAACUCAACUAUGACAACAGUGCUUGUUAUACUUAGAAGUGUGAAUGACUUCAUACAUUCCCUAAAUAUUAUUCUUCAGUUUAGGUUGGCUUAUGUGGCGCCCGAGUCUAGGGUGGUUGGUGCCGGAGAGUUAGUUGACCAUCCUAAGAAAAUAGCUCUUCACUAUCUUCACACGUAUUUUCUUUUUGAUCUAUUUGUUGUACUUCCACUUCCUCAGAUGAUUAUAUUGUUUGUCUUACCAAAACACUUGGGAACAUCAGGAGCAAAUUACGCAAAGAAUCUUUUGCGCGCUGUCAUCCUUGCUCAGUACAUUCCCAGAUUGUGUAGAUUUCUCCCUAUGCUAAUUUCUCCAACCGGAUUCAUCUUCGAGUCAGCGUGGGCGAGUUUCUUCAUAAAUCUUUUUACCUUUAUGCUAUCUGGCCAUGUUGUUGGAUCAUGGUGGUACCUCUUCGGUUUGCAGAGGGUUAAUCAAUGUCUACGAAAUGCCUGCAAGAAAACAUAUUUUGACGAAUGCUCAAAAUUCAUUGAUUGUGGACAUGGAAGUAUUGAGGAACAUCGAAAUGAAACAAAUUGGACUAAUUGGAAGAUAGAUGACAAUGCAAGUGCUUGUUUUACAGAAGACGGUUUUGAGUAUGGGAUCUAUCUUAAAGCUGUCAACCUUACUACAAAACAUAAUGUGAUCACAAGAUAUGUAUAUUCAUCAUUUUGGGGAUUCCAGCAAAUUAGUACUCUAGCUGGAAAUUUGACACCAAGCUAUUUUAUUUGGGAAGUCCUUUUCACAAUGGGAAUCAUUGGAUUAGGACUCUUGCUCUUUGCUCUUCUCAUCGGAAACAUUCAGAACUUUCUUCAGGCUCUUGGAAGAAGGAGGCUUGAAAUGUCACUUCGACAACGUGAUGUUGAACAAUGGAUGAGCCAUAGGCGCUUAGGAGAAGAUCUGAGAAGGAGAGUGCGACAAGCCGAACGCUAUAAUUGGGCUGCAACUAGAGGAGUGAAUGAAGAAAUACUCAUGGAGAAUUUGCCUGAAGAUCUUCAGAGGGAGAUCAGGCGCCACCUCUUUAAAUUUGUUAAGAAAGUUCGAAUUUUCUCCUUGAUGGAUGAGCGUAUCUUGGAUGCCAUUUGCGAGAGACUAAGACAAAAAAUAUAUAUCAAAGGAAGCAAAGUUUUGUACGAUGGUGGCUUAGUAGAGAAGGUGGUUUUUAUCGUGCGGGGGAAAUUAGAGAGUAUAGGCGAAGAUGAAAUUAGAGUUCCACUAUCCGAAGGCAACGUUUGCGGUGAAGAACUUCUUACAUGGUGUCUUGAGCAUACUUCAGGAAACAAAGUUUGUGGAAAAACAAGAAUUCCAAGACAAAGGUUGAUUAGCAAUAGGACAGUAUUGUGCCUAACAAAUGUGGAGGCGUUUUCCAUUAGAGCAGCAGACCUUGAAGAAGUUACAAAGCUUUUCGCAAGAUUCUUGAGAAGUCCGGGUGUUCAAGGAGCCAUAAGGUAUGAAUCGCCGUAUUGGAGAUGUCUUGCAGCAACACGAAUCCAGGUUGCAUGGAGAUACAGAAAGAAACGUCUUUAUCGCGCUGACACUUCACAAUCAAACCCAAACCCGACAACUAUUCCUACUAACUAGGUUCAAGGACUAAGUUUAUGUGACAUCUAAGGUGGGGAAGUGUCUCAUAUGGUCUAUGGUGGAUCAAUGCUUGAGAAUAGUUUUAAACUGUAACAGUAAUUGGUGUCACUCGUAGUAAGUAAAAGCAAUGUUGUCAAAUAUCGGUGCCAUGGCCGAUUGCGGUGGUGGAUGUUUUGACAAAUGUCAUGGCGGGUAUGACGGUUCAAAAUGGCAGGUUUUUGACUUUCUGUUGUGGUCUAUCAUCCGCAAUCAAUAAGAUUGAGUAGAAAUUCAUAAUAAAACUCAACCUAUGUUUGUUUUCUCUUGUUUUUGUCGAAUCAACAUCAAUUGCCUCA